UCAACUCCAAAAUGUUGUCUCAGUGUCUGCACCAAGUUUACAAAUGUUUGUUUCUGAGCAACUUAAAACUGAAUUCAUUAAAUGUGGCUACUUUGACCAGAAGGAUCCAUUCUUCAGCAAAAAAGCCCUCUGACUGUGAGUUAAAGGAGCAAACCAUCCAGAAACGUGAAACUGAAGAGUUGUUGCCUCAAAGUACAGAAAACAAUGAUUUUGGAAGAUUACACAUACCAGUGAUGCUGGAGGAGGUUGUUAAUUGUUUAUCCCCCCAGCCAGGUCAGCGUUUCCUUGAUAUGACGUUUGGAGCCGGAGGUCAUACUACAGCUCUUCUAGAGAAAGCCAGUGACAUUACAGUAUAUGCACUAGACAGGGAUCCCACAGCUUAUAAAAUCGCUCAGCAGCUUUCAGAAUCGUACCCGAAACAGAUUCAAGCUCUUCUAGGACAGUUUAGCCAGUCAGAGGCUUUGUUAAUCUCCUCUGGAGUGGAGCCAGGGACUCUAGAUGGAGUUCUCUUGGAUGCUGGCUGUUCUUCUAUGCAAUUUGAUACACCUGAAAGAGGUUUUUCGCUAAAGAAGGAUGGACCUUUGGACAUGAGGAUGGAUAAUGACAGGUAUCCUGACAUGCCCACUGCUGCUGAUGUUGUGAAUGCUUUAGAUCAACAGGCGCUUGCGUCCAUCCUGAGAACAUACGGGGAGGAGAGGCACGCCAAGAAAAUCGCUUCAGCCAUCGUUCAGGCACGCAGCAUAUACCCCAUCACCAGAACUCAGCAGCUUGCAAGCAUUGUUGCAGGUGCUUUUCCAGCAUCUGCACUGUAUGCACGAAAAGACUUGCUUCAGCGACCUACACAUGUUGCUACCAAAACUUUUCAAGGCCUGCGAAUAUUUGUAAAUGAUGAGCUUCAUGAACUCUUUAUAGGGCUGAAGACAGCUGAGAAGUUUCUAAAACCUGGAGGUCGCCUUGUAGCUCUCUCCUUUCAUUCACUAGAAGAUCGUAUUAUCAAACGUUUCCUUCAUGGAAUAGACAUGACAGAAAAGUACAAUCUUGGCUCAAGACAAAAGAUAAGGCAGGCUCUGAAAAAUCGCUCCAAAGAAGAAGAUACAGAAGAACUUCCCUGUGGAAAAUCCAACUCAAAGUGGAUUUUUAUACAGAAAAAAAUUCUUACACCCCGGUCCAAGGAUAUUCAAACAAACCCAAGAGGAAGGUCGGCUAAGCUAAGAGCUGCUAUUAAACUCUAA